ACUAACAAUCAAAACUCGAAAAGAAAAGAGAAUAAUAAUAAUAACAAUGGCGAUGGCCAAGCCUGUUAUCAUGUUUGCUUCAGCUGUGUGCUUGUUGUCUCUUUUCGGUUUGGCUCACUGCGAGCCUCGGCUCCUUGUGGAGGGCAAGGUCUAUUGCGACACAUGCCGCACUCAGUUUCUAACCAAGGCCAGCUACUACAUAAAAGGGGCGAGAGUGAAGUUGGAGUGCCGAGAGGACGGAAAGGAAAGCGUGACGCUGAGCGCGGAGGCCGAGACGGACGAGGCGGGAUCGUACAGGAUUCCGGUGGAGGGAGACCAUGAGGAUGAGACGUGUGGGAUUCAGCUGGUGAGGAGCGAUGACCCUGUGUGCUCGGAGAUCAGCGAGGAGCCGUACCAGCAGCACAAGGCCAGAAUCAGCCUCACAACGAACAAUGGCAUCGCCUCUCCAGUCCGCCAGGCCAACCCUCUUGGCUUCCUCGUCAACCAUCCUUUUCCUGAGUGCAAAGACAUCUUACGAGAACUCGGAAUGACUCAGUCUGAUCUCGUAUGAGACUCACAAUUUCUAACCAAAACGACAACGUUUUCAUUGUAAUGUCUUAUUAUUUUCUGCAUGCUUCUCAACCAACCGCAACCAAUAAUUAAUUAAUGACUAUAUAUAGCUUAUUAUUAUUGAUUUCCUUUUUGUUAAUUUGAUCAUCACCAAGUGAUCAUUUUGUUUGU